CACAAAGUAAUAACGGUAAUUUACGUGUAUCACUUAAGUACGAAAGUGUGCGCUUCACCAAUAACCUGAAGCGACAAGCUAUGAGCGAAAGCAAGCACCAAGAAGACUCCCUGCGCUCACGACCAACGGUGGACGUCACGGCCGUGGACAUCUCACCCAACCCGGCCGCACUCACAGAUGAGCUGAACCUGGAAGUGGAUUUCCACUUGGACGUGCCUGUCACCAACGGCGUCUGGGACAUUGAGUAUCUGGUGGACUCUGUCACCAAGCGACACAUUAUCAAACUGGGUCAAGUGGAGGCAACAAACUACGCCCGGGGUGACAAUCAUUUCCAGUUUUCGACCUCGCAAAUCAACAUUUCCGGAAUUCAACCGAGUCAACUGACCAACUGUGGUCUGCUGAUUGCGGCGUUCAAGGGCGAGAGUGGAGAUAUUCUUGAUCUCAAGAUGGUCAUUCAAGUCUCGGAACAACGUGGAGGACUGCAAAGAAUCAUCUACAGCCCGCUGGAAUGAGAAGCAUCGCUAACUCAAAGUGAUAUAGCACUUGCCACCAACACUGGCAAAGUGGCAUGAUACAGAAAAUCUGCUUUCUGCUACUUAGAUUUUUAUUAUUGCAUCUUACUAUUAGGCGCUAGUUGUGCGAAAUACUGUGGAGUGAACUUGACGCACGCCGUUGAGCACCUCGAUACUUUUUGUCGCCUGCAAGUAAAAUCAUUAAGCAACAGAGUGAGAUUGAGUUUACAGCGCCGAAUAAAGUGAAAAAUGGACCACCUGCUCGUC